AUGGCGGCGCUGUCCCGCGCCCCCCAGCGGGGGCGGGCGCAGCUGGGGGGUCCCAGCCAAUGUGAGAGCCCCGGGGGGGGGCCUCCUCCUAUCGUCCAGCAUGCCAGCAAGCAGAUCACCGCCGAGAAGCAGUACAAGGGCAUCAUCGACUGCAUCGUGCGCAUCCCCAAGGAGCAGGGCAUCAUCUCCUUCUGGAGGGGCAACUUGGCCAAUGUCAUCCGGUACUUCCCCACCCAGGCCCUCAACUUUGCCUUCAAGGACAAGUACAAGCAGAUCUUCCUGGGGGGAGUGGACAGGCACAAGCAGUUCUGGCGCUACUUCGCAGGGAACCUGGCGUCCGGGGGUGCUGCGGGAGCCACCUCCCUCUGCUUUGUCUACCCGCUGGAUUUCGCCAGGACCCGGCUGGCGGCUGAUGUGGGCAAAGGAGUGAGCGAGAGGGAGUUCACUGGGCUGGGCGACUGCAUCGUCAAGAUCUUCAAGUCUGAUGGGCUGAGGGGCCUCUACCAAGGAUUCAAUGUGUCUGUCCAGGGCAUCAUCAUCUACCGAGCAGCCUAUUUUGGUGUUUAUGACACUGCCAAGGGUAUGCUGCCUGAUCCCAAGAAUGUGCAUAUUAUCGUGAGCUGGAUGAUUGCCCAGACUGUCACUGCGGUGGCAGGGCUGGUAUCCUACCCUUUUGAUACUGUGCGGCGUAGGAUGAUGAUGCAGUCUGGCCGAAAGGGAGCUGAUAUUAUGUACAAGGGCACAAUUGAUUGCUGGAAGAAGAUAGCUAAAGAUGAAGGAUCCAAGGCGUUCUUCAAAGGUGCCUGGUCGAAUGUGUUGAGAGGCAUGGGCGGAGCUUUUGUAUUAGUACUUUACGAUGAAAUCAAGAAAUAUGUCUAAAGCUGACAUCAUGUAGUUCAAUUGUUCUCAAUCAACUUUUUUAAAAAUACACUCUUGUGAUGGACAACA